GCCCGGGUAACGCGGCUGCACGAGCGCGGCGGCCGUUUUUCCCCCACCGUUGGCACCGUCCCCUCCGUCCCCGCCCUCCGCUCGGUUCUUAGGUAACAGAUGGCUUCACAAGACAAAAAACAAGCUCAGGCCUUUGCAGACAUCUUUGAUGAAGAUGAAGCUGAAAAAUCCUUUCUGUUGUCCAAGCCUACUUGCUUCAUUAUUCUUGGAAAGCCAGGUUCUGGAAAGAAAACAUUAGCUAGAAAGCUAGCACAAGCAUGGAAAUGCAUUCUCAUAGAAGCUUCGGAAGUAAUUCAAAACAAUAUCAAUGAAGAAACAGAAUAUGGGCACAAGUGUCAAGAGCUGCUUCUUAAAGGUCAAAGUAUUUCUGAAGAACUGGUUAUGGAAAUGAUUCUGAAAAAGAUUGAGUCACCAGAAGUUGAUCAUUUUGGUUAUAUUCUCAGUGGAUUUCCUUGUCUCUCAGAGGAAUACAUGACUGUUUAUCAGCAAAUAGAGAAAAUAAAAAAUCUAAAAUUCAAGCCGGAUUUCCUGAUUAAUAUUAAGUGUCCAGACUUUGACUUAUGCCAAAGAAUAUCAGGACAAAGGCAACACCCUGAUUCAGGGCAGAUAUACCAAAGGGAGCAGUGGGAUCCUAACAUUAUUAAAAAGCACAAAGAAGAGAAAGAGAAAGAGCAGAAUGAAGAGGACCAUGAAGAAGAAGAAGAAGAAGAAGAAGAAGAUGAAGAGCAGGAAGAAGAGAGUGCCAAAGACCCACUUAUGACGCCGGAAUUUUUGCAGCAAUUAGUGUGGAGGCCUGAAGAUACUCUUCACAAUGCAGAGGAAAGAGUUAGAACAUACAAAGACAUACUGCUUCGUCCUUUAGAAGACUGGAUGGCUGAACAGGAUAGUCAAUAUCUCAUUGAACUGGAUGGAAAUCAGCAACCAGAUGUUCUCUUUGCAUCACUGGUAGCUCAGCUUCAAUCUCUGGGUAUUCCAAAUGGAGCUCCCAUAACUAGACUUGACAGUGAGGAAGAAGAAACACUGGAGAGACUGAAAAGUGAUGAACUUUUCCGGGCUUUGUCAUCCUACAAACUACUAGCACACAGAUACAGAUGGCGUAGAAGCAGGUGGGGGAAUGCAUGUCCUGUGGCCCUAAAGGAAGGUGAUAUUGUAAUGGGAAACCCACAAUUGGCUGUCAGUUUUCUAGGUAAAAUGUAUUUACUGUCAUCCCCAGAGGCACUGAAGACAUUUAUGUCAAAUCCACGACCUUAUCUGUUACCACCAAUGCCACUUCCUCCUUGUAAAGUACUGGUAUUUGGUCCCCCAUUCUCUGGAAAAACAACUAUUUGUAACCUCAUUGCAGAGAAAUACAAAGGAGAGGUCCUUGAUAUGGCCAAACUCAUUCAACCCCAUAUGGAAGAAUCAAGAGAAGAAAACCUUGAGAAAGUGCGAAGGGAUGCAGUAGAAAAGGCAAUAAGUGCAGUGAAAAAUAGGUUGGAACUUGAAGAACAGUCCACAGAAUCAGGAGACCUGCAAGAACAUACAGAUGUCAAAGAAGAUGAUUCUGAAGACCCCACUAAAACCGGAGAAGAAAGAGACUUGGAAGAAGGUACUAAUAUAGAAUCUGCCAUCAUCCAAAAAAGAAUGUCAGAGAUAACUGCUGAUCACCCAGAAGUUCAAGCAAUGGUAGAGGAAGCCAUGAAAAGUGCAUCAGUCUCUGAAUUUACACUGUCACCUGAAAUAUAUGCAGAAGUACUGGAGAGAGCUAUUGCAGAGCUUAUGAAGAAGAACAAAGACAGGUUUCCUGGUGCUCCAGAAAAAGGAGGAUGGGUGGUAGAUAAUUACCCACUCUCAGUAGAUCACUGGUCAGCUUUAUCAGAAAAAGGACUUUUACCGGACACUGUUGUCUGUCUGAAGGAUACAGAAAAACAUGGAAUCUAUCUACUACGCAGAACAUACUUAGCAAAUAAAGAUGAGAUUGAUUCUAAGAUUUUGAAAAGACUAGCAAAUGAAGCAUUAUUAAACAAAGCAAAAGGAGAGGAAGAAGAAGAGGGACAAGAGGAAGAAGAAGAGAGAGGAGAAAUGCAAGAAAUACUGACAGGAGAGGAAGAGGCUUCUGAGGAGAAAGAAUUUGAGGAGACCAAUGAGGAGCUUUCACCUGAGCCUGAACAAAUGUUCCAGAACCAGUCCAGUGACUCCGCAGGUUAUGAAGAAUCUACACCUACAGAAAUCAUGCUACCUGAGUUUGAAGACAAUGAAUUUAUAGAUCUGCCAGAAAUGGAAAUAAUUAAAAAUAAGAUCAGCCUUUUCAUGAACGACUGGCAAACAGUGGAGUCAGAAAUCCACAGGUCAUCUCUAGUUCAGGUUGCUGUUUUAGAGAUUGCUGAGCAAACUCCAGAAAGUCUGCUUAAUCAAAGUGUGCUGGCUAUGGAAACACCUUUUAAAUAUUAUGGUUGGGAAUUAUCUGCUGAAGACUUAGAUGAGGAAGCAGAAGAUCUGGCUGCUGAAGAGGAAGAAGAAGAAGAUAAUGAAGAAGAGGAAAAUGAAGAUGAUGAAGAAGAUGAAGAAAAAAUUAAGGAAAAUAAAAGGCACAUGGGAGACACAAAACACUUUUGUCCAGUCAGCCUGAAAGAGAACUUUGUUCUUUACCCAGGACUCAAUGACUAUGCAGCUAAAUAUCGAGAAAAGUUUUAUUAUUUUUCAACUUUUGAGAACAGAGAUAAAUUUCUGGAGAACCCUGAGGAGUAUGUGGCUCACAAUGAACCAUUACAAGCUCCUCCUUUACGGGUAUGCUUACUUGGGGCUCAUGGAGCAGGUAAAACUACUUGUGCACAACAGAUAGCUGACAAAUUAGGCAUUUUCCAUAUUCAGUUUGAAGAAUAUCUACAGCAGUUGAUCUUACCCAAAACUAAAAAGAAAGUUGGGCCAUAUUUUGAUGAAGAAUCUGAAGAAGAUGAUGAUGAAAUGCUAAAUCUAUCGCAGGCACCAGAAGAUUUUCCUCAGACUAUGACUGAAACUGAGGCUGAAAAAAGCCUACAGGCAGUGGAAUUAACUAAUGAGGAAGAAGCAAUCAAAGCAAAUCUACAGCAUAAUGAGGAACUGCCUCCAGAAGUCCUCAAUAACAUCGUUCUUGACUGGUGGAGGAAAGAGCCAUUCCGGUCUACGGGAUUUAUACUGGAUGGUUUCCCUCGUACUCCAGAUGAAGCCAAGUAUUUGGCAGAUCAAGGACUCUGUCCUGACGUUGUGUUUUAUAUUCAAGUAGAAGAAAGUGACAUUCUUAACCGUCUUUUUCCUCCACGUCUGCAAAAGUGGAAAGAAAGACAGUACCAAAAAAUGGAAAAGAAAAAGAAACUGAAAGACCUAAAAGCAAAAAUAAGAGAUGAGAAGAUUGCUAGAAGAAGGGAAGAACUUUUAGCAGAACAAAAGCAAAAGAAACAGGAGGCAUUAGCAAAUGAGGAGCAUUAUGAAGCCACUGAGGAGGAAGAUGAGAAUCAAAAUGAAGAAAUUGAAGCUAUGCUCGAAGAAGAGUUUAUGGAAGAAGAAGAAGAAGAGGAUGAAGAAGAACAGGAGGCUGAUGCUACUGAGCGCAUACAAAGUGAAAUUACAGAAAGGUUUGAUUCAGAAAUAGACAAUUUACUACGUGUACAGGAAGAACUUGAAACAUUGUUAAUACCACAAAUUGAGAUCAGUGGAGGACGGAAGCCUCACAUCGUACACUACCAAGUAUUUAGCAAGCUGAAUUCUCUGGUGGAAAACCGUGGAAGCAUUUUUGAGAAGUGUUACCCAAUAAGUUUGCCACUUGCACAUAAACUGCUACUUUUCUCAUAUAAAUUUCUAAGUUCUUUUGGUCAGUGGGAUCCAGUCAAGCUGAGUGAAGGAGAUGUAAUCAAGCCACAGCAAAGCCAUGAAAAUAUGGUCUUCCCUGUAAUCCAUCGACAAUAUAUUUAUUUCUUUUCAAGCAAAGAAAAUAGAGAAACAUUUAUGAAAAAUCCCAUCAAAUAUAUUUGCCAGCCCAAACCUAAACCAGCUGUGCCACUUAAAAUUGCAAUUGUGGGACCUCCAAAAUCAGGCAAGAGUACAGUUGCCAAGAAGUUUGCCAGUGCAUAUGGGUUACUGCGCCUGAGCAUGGGAGAUGCCAUUCGGAUGGUGUUAAACAAUCAGCCAGAGACUGAGCUGGCACUUAAGUUAAAGGAAUAUCUUCAGAAAGGACUGACUGUUCCUGAUGAACUGUCCAUCCAGGCUCUCAAUGUGGCUCUGAUGAAUCACGUGUGCAAUACCACUGGAGUUGUAAUUGAUGGAUAUCCUGUAACAAGAAAACAAGUAACCCUCUUGGAAUUAGCCAGGAUAAUUCCAGCAAAAAUCUUUGAAUUAGAUAUGGAUGCAAAGGAAGUGAUCCGAAGAGCACUGUUGGAUAAGGAAAGCACAAACAGACCUCCCUACCCUCAACAUGACAGCUCACAGAUUCUAACUAUUAAAAAUUCCUGCUAUAAACAGCACAUUGAUGCAAUUAGGACUUACUAUAAGAGGGAGCAUCAGAACUGGUGUGUGAUUGAUGCCUUGCAAAGCAAGUGGUGGAUCUGGAACAAAGUACUGCAGGAAGUUCAAGUGGUUGUUAAAGAAAUCCAGAUAUACCUGGAAAGAAUAAGACAAGGAAAAGCAGCUGGCAUUGCUGAUUUAUGUAUCACUCCUGAAGAGCUGCAGCAUCGACUAGGGGAGUUUGGGCAGUACUGUCCUGUCAGCCUUGCAGAAAAGGGUGAACUGGUCGACUGCUCCGAAACAUCAUCCUUGCAGUUUGCUGCAGAAUUUCGAGGCCACUAUUACAAAAUGGCUUCACAGGAAGAACUUGAGAAAUUCUUGAGCAGACCAGAGGUUUAUGUGCCACCACUGGCACCUCACACUUUCCCAUCCCCCAAAAUGCUACCAAAGAAACUGGCUGCAGCAGAAGUGAAGGGUUUGCUCCCUACAAAUGCUGAAAUGCAGGGAUACUGUCCAGUCACUUACCUAGAUGGAAAACAGAGGUAUGAAGCUUUGGUGCCUGGCAACAUCGAGCAUGCAGCGAAGUAUCAAGACAAAGUAUAUAUUUUUGAAAGUGAAGAAAAACUUCUGAAGUUUAUGAGGUUACCAGAGAAGUAUUGGAAUCUGAAGCUUCCAAAAAAACUCCCGCCAAUAAAGGACCCAAUACCACUCACUGCACUUCCCUUGCCUGGAUAUCUUGAGCAGGGAGCAGCAACACCUCUAAUAAAAGCCCUGAAAGAAGUAGGCUGGUUAAAGCCGAAGUUUCCGUUCCUAAGUGUGAGAAAAACUGCUUUGCUGUUCAUUGCCUUGCAUUUAAAAGGGCACAACCCCAGGAGCUCGGAGUCCGUGCGGCAGAAGUACCAGAGGGAGCUGGCGCGGUUCACAGAGCACUGCCAGCUCAUCCCCUACCUGGCGGCAGCUAUGGCAGCGCCCUACAGGGACGGGCAGCAGAAGCCCCCGGGCUUUGAUGACCGCAUGAAGACUUUCCUCUCCCUGAAGGACGCCAGCGCCACCUUCCUGUAGUGCUUUUCGGGACCCCUUUUCGGUACCGCUU